GAGAGGGACACAGCUGAGUGGUCUUGGAUGAGAGGAUUCUUAAAGAAACAACCGUCUCCAUCUUUUGCAAGUGUAGACCGGGGCCGGACCAUUUCCCGCUCUUUCUGUCUAUGCUUAUGGCUUCUGAGUUUCACCCAUCAUAACUAAUCUUUUGGCUGUAUGAUAAAGCACUCAAGCGGAGGUAACCGGUCUUAAACAUGAACCGGGUGAGGAGGUCUGCGGUGAGCGCGAUACUGCCGCUGCUUCUUUUUAUUUUGUGCACUACUAAGACGAAAGCAGCCAAUCUGAUUGAUGCAUUACGGGUACUGGAGCUGUCAGAAGACAUGGAGGGAGUGUCGAUAGAGGCCGGUCUUUGCACUGAGAGAAAGGACACGGCCAAAAUGGACAUGGCGUACAGGAUAGACAAAAAGAUUCAACUCAGUGCCCCAACUAAACAGCUCUAUUCAGGCUCUGAGUUUCCUGAGAACUUCUCUCUGAUGACCACAGUGAAGGCUAAGAAGAACUCUCAGUUCUUCCUGCUGUCUCUGUAUGAUGAGCAGGGAGUUCAGCAGCUGGGGCUUGAGGUGGGCCGGUCACCUGUAUUCCUCUAUGAAGACCACCAAGGCCAACCCUCCCCAGAUCUCUACCCAAUUUUUAAGAAAAUCAACAUGGCUGAUGGGAAAUGGCAUCGGAUAGCCUACAGUGUGGAUGGCAAAUCUGUUACACUCUACCUGGACUGUAAGAAGGUUCAGACUCUGGAACUGAUGCGUGGAGACAGUCCUGUGGUCAGCACGAAGGGAGUCGUUGUGUUCGGCACUCGACUGCUAGAUGAGGAGGUGUUUGAGGGAGACAUCCAGCAGCUACUGCUCGUGGAUGAUCCUCAGGCUGCGGCUGACUACUGUCAAGACUAUAUUCCUGAUUGUGAUAACCCUUUGCCCUACAGCACCCAAAGGCUUGAAACUGAAGAGAUGUAUUAUUCCAUUCAGGGAGGUCUGCCCAAGGAAACAAUAAAACACCCCAAAAAAGAACGAAAGGGCAAAAAGAACAAAAAAAAGAGGGAUAAGUCAUAUAAGAAAGGGGGCAAAAAAGAAUCCCGGAAGAAGAAAAAGGAGGUAGAAGUUCUUGAAGAAAGUUAUCUUGAGUAUUUCGCCCAAGAACCUCUGCAUGGAACUUUACCUGCUACAACUGAGCAAACCGCACCAACUACAACAGAGCAGCUGAAAUUACCUGUAGAAACUUCUGCGAUAACUGUUGACAAGAUGGACUCCAUACCUGACAUGCCUACUCAUGAACCUGAAGGUUAUCAGGAGAACACCACUAUACUGCUCACUACGGUUCCUGUGUCAAAUCUUGACAACCAUUUUGUAUCACCCCCUGCACUUCCUGAGUCCUCAAAGGUGGAGUUGGAGGAGGAGAGGCCGAUUAAAACACCAGAGGUCGAGGAGUUUAGUGUAGACAUAUACAGCGAUCAGCAUGAUGAACUUUUGGUCUCCACUGUGACGGUUGGCCCUAAUAUUACAGAGUACGAGCUCACUGAGUAUGAUGACUUUAAAAAUGGCUCGGACAACUUUGAACAGGUAUAUGAAGAGUAUGAGGUUUAUGAGGACCGCUUUGACCAAGCAGAGAGGGAGAAAGCAGGCACAUGGAAUGGAGAGGGCAGGGGAUUUGAGAAAGGACAGAAGGGAGAGCCAGCGGUCAUUGAACCAGGCAAAUUUUUUGAAGGACCUCCUGGCCCACCAGGACCACCAGGUCUUCCAGGAAUUCCCGGCAUCACAGGCCCUCCGGGACCCAGUGGAGACCUAGGUGAUUGGGGUCCUGAGGGACGUCCAGGCCUCCCUGGUGCUGAUGGAUUGCCUGGUCCUCCAGGCACUUUGCUGAUGUUACCCUUCCAGUAUGGAGGAGACUCUCAGAAGGGACCUGUGGUAUCUGCUCAAGAGGCGCAGGCUCAAGCCAUUUUACAACAGACCAAACUAUCACUGAAGGGCCCUCAAGGUCCAUUAGGUCUCACAGGGAGGCAGGGCCCAGUGGGUCUUCCUGGUCCCAGUGGACUGAAAGGGGCCAGUGGAGAUAGUGGGCCUCUGGGACCACGUGGGUUGCCAGGUCCACCGGGUCUUAAUGGAAAACCAGGGAAGAGGGGCCGGUCAGGGGCAGAUGGAGGUCGAGGGGCUCCUGGAGAGACAGGAGGAAAGGGUGACAGGGGCUUUGAUGGACUACCUGGUCUUCUGGGGAACAAAGGACACAGAGGAGACAGAGGAAAACCGGGAACCUAUGGUCCAGCUGGAGAGCCCGGUCACAAGGGUUCAGAUGGACCUGUUGGACCAAGAGGACAACCAGGAGAACCUGGGCCAAGAGGACUUGUGGGGCCAAGAGGGCCACCUGGUCCACCCGGGCAGCAGGGAAUACGAGGAGUGGAUGGUGUUCAAGGGGCAAAAGGCAACUUGGGGCCGCCAGGUGAACCCGGCCCUCUGGGUCAACAGGGGAACCCAGGCAUGCAGGGCUUCCCUGGUCCGCAGGGGCCUAUAGGCUUGCCAGGAGAGAAGGGCCCUCAGGGGAAAUCUGGAAUGCAAGGACUUCCCGGGAUUGAUGGUCCUCCAGGCCAUCCUGGAAGAGAGGGACCCCCUGGGGAGAAGGGACACCAGGGUUUAUCGGGAGCACAGGGGCCGGUUGGAUAUCCCGGGCCUCGUGGAGUGAAGGGUGCAGAUGGGGUGAGGGGACUGCAAGGUAGCAAAGGCGAAAAGGGUGAAGAUGGUUUUCCAGGUGGCAAGGGUGACAUGGGCAUCAAAGGAGACAGAGGCAAUAGCGGGGCUCUUGGAAAUAAUGGUGAAGAUGGCCCAGAGGGCCCGAAGGGUCAGUCAGGCCCCUUGGGAGAGCAUGGACCUGCUGGCAUUGCUGGGGAAAAGGGCAAACUUGGUGUUCCAGGAUUGCCUGGAUAUCCAGGCAGGCAAGGCUCCAAGGGAUCGGUGGGCUUUUCUGGAACAGCUGGGGUGGCAGGAGAGAAAGGGAAGAGGGGGCCUGCUGGACAACAUGGUCCAGAUGGUGAACGUGGUCCAAAUGGUUCACGUGGAGGAAGAGGAGGACGAGGGCCGACAGGGAAGCCUGGAGCCAAGGGCUCUGCUGGUCAUGACGGCCCUCAAGGUGCCACAGGAGACCGAGGCCCCCAAGGGCCACUGGGACGAAACGGAGAGCCCGGACCAAAGGGACCCAAUGGCCUUGCUGGAAAGGAUGGGUUGCCAGGUCAUCCAGGCCAGCGGGGGGAGCCGGGAUUUCAAGGAAAGACUGGUCCCCCUGGGCCUGCUGGAGUGGUUGGACCACAGGGAAAAACUGGGGAGACUGGUCCCAUUGGUGACCGUGGACAUCCAGGUGCCCCAGGAUCCCCUGGAGAGCAAGGUCUGCCAGGCAUUGCGGGCAAAGAGGGAACCAAGGGAGAUUCAGGCCCUGCUGGGCUGGCUGGCAAGAGUGGCCCUGUUGGUCAUCGUGGAUUCAGAGGAGAAAGAGGCUUGCCUGGCACUCCGGGGGCUGCUGGUCUGAAGGGUGGAGAGGGCCCCCUUGGAGUUGCAGGACCAAUUGGUGCCACAGGAGAGAGAGGGCCUUCUGGACUUGCAGGUGCCAUUGGUCAGCCUGGUCGUGCAGGAGCCGUCGGCCCUGCUGGCCCAGUGGGAGAGAAGGGCGAGCCGGGUGAUAAAGGUCCUAUUGGCCCUGCCGGGCAAGAUGGAGUACAAGGGCCUGUGGGAUUACCUGGGCCUGCAGGGUCACCUGGUCCACCUGGAGAGGAUGGAGAUAAGGGUGAGACAGGAGGACCAGGGCAGAAAGGCAGCAAAGGAGGCAAGGGAGAGGCGGUGAGUAUGGGCCGCUCAGGGCCACCCGGGAGCCAAGGACCAGCCGGACAGCCAGGAUUACUGGGUCUGGAUGGAGAGCCUGGGCCCCGGGGACAGCAGGGAAUGUUUGGGCCGAAAGGAGAUGAAGGAGCACAAGGUUUUAAGGGGGCGACAGGACCAACAGGGUUGCAGGGAAUGCCAGGACCUCCUGGAGAGAAGGGGGAGAGUGGCCAUGUUGGAUUUAUGGGCCCUCCAGGACAACAUGGUCCACGUGGCCCUCAAGGACCCAUUGGGGGAGAGGGUCCUCAGGGCAUGCCGGGUGGAGUGGGCCAGCCUGGAGUGGUGGGAGAAAAGGGUGAAGACGGAGAGGCAGGAAGUCCAGGAAAUCCAGGGGAAACUGGGCCACAUGGAGAGAAGGGUGAGGUGGGUGAGAAGGGUGAUACUGGCCCUUCUGGGGCUUCAGGACCCCCAGGAAUCAGCGGCAUACCUGGAGCGGAUGGGCCCAAAGGAAAUCUAGGUCCCCUUGGUUUCCCUGGAGACGCAGGCCCCCCUGGAGAGCCAGGUGCCAAUGGCAUUGAUGGUGGACCAGGAGUGAAAGGGGAUGAUGGAGAUCCUGGUAAAGCUGGGCCCCAAGGAGCCUCAGGGGAGCCUGGCCCUCCAGGGCCACCUGGACGGAGGGGUCAUGUAGGUCCUGAAGGAAAAGAAGGGAAACACGGGAAGAAGGGGGCAAAGGGUUCUGCUGGUGCUGAGGGUUCGACAGGGAAGACAGGGCCUGUGGGGCCUCAGGGACAACCUGGAAAGCCUGGUCCAGAAGGACUGCGUGGAAUUCCAGGCUCCGCUGGGGAACAAGGGUUAAACGGGCCCCCGGGACAAACCGGACCCCCUGGCCCUAUGGGGCCAGCUGGAUUACCCGGACUGAAAGGAGAUCAUGGCUUUAAGGGAGAUAAGGGUCAUGGUGGGCUUAUUGGACUGAUUGGACAUCCAGGAGAGAUGGGGGAGAAAGGAGAUCGAGGCCUGCCAGGAAAUCAAGGAGUCCAAGGCCCCAAAGGAGAUGGUGGUGUUGCUGGUCUCCCCGGCCCAACUGGCCCAUCUGGACUCCCUGGGUUGUCUGGAGCCAUUGGUGAGAAAGGAUCUAAAGGAGAUGAGGGAGAAGUCGGUCCAAGAGGAGAUCUAGGACCUGCUGGUCCACCUGGCCCACCUGGCCCAUCAGCCACCAUGAUUGAGCCACUGCCAAUUAGAGAGGGCCGUAAAAAGCGAAGGAGACACUCAAACCGACAAGGACCUGGAGCUAGGGCAGAGUCUGAGGAGGAGGAGGUAAUUCAACUGAACGUGGAGGACUUCCUACAGGCAGACCAGCCACUGAAUGACCCAGAAGGCAUGGAGGAGGUUUUUGCAUCACUCAACUCAAUGAAAACAGAGGUGGAGCUAAUGAGAAAGCCACUUGGGACCUUUGAGAGUCCCGCUCGCACUUGCAAGGAGCUGAUGUUGUGUCACCCAGAAUACAAAGAUGGUGAAUAUUGGAUUGAUCCAAACCAAGGCUGCCACAAAGACUCCAUCAAGGUGUUGUGCAACUUUAGCGCAGAGGGGGAGACCUGUCUGUACCCUGAUAAACUAUUUGAAAUGGUGAAGCUGGCCGCCUGGAACAAAGAGAAACCGGGCAGUUGGUACAGCCAGUAUAGAAAGGGCAAGCAGUUCUCCUACAUUGACACUGAUGGUAACCCAGUGCCUGUGGUGCAGCUGACCUUCCUGAAGCUCCUCAGUGCCACAGGGAAGCAGACCUUCACCUACAACUGCCAGAACUCCAUCGGAUGGUACGACUUGACCAGCCACAGCCACCAGCAUGCCGUGAUGUUUCGCGGAAGCAAUGACGAGGAGAUGACACAAGCCAAAUCAUCCUUUAUCACAUCAUUGUAUGAUGGUUGUCAGACACGUAAGGGUCAAGAGAGGACAGUGCUUCAGAUUGACUCUCCGCGAUCAGAGCUGCUUCCAAUCAUAGAUAUAGCAGUAUCAGACUUUGGAAAUAACAACCAGAAGUUUGGAUUCCACAUUGGACCAGUCUGUUUUCAUGGCUAAUGCCAAGCACCUCAUUGCAAGGCUUAGCAACUACAGAAUCAAACCACAACCCGUUUUUAUUAUGUAUGUAACAUGUAAACGUGGGUUUGUGGCAGUUUUUAAAUGACUUUUGAACAUCUGAAUGGUUAAUAAAAACCCACAAUUUCCAUGGUGGCUAUUCAAGUAUGCCAGCGAGGAAGAACCAAGUACAUUUAUCAAAGGGAAGUCUUUAAUUUUUAUCCCAUUUUCUUUCUUUUUUGUUCUCACCUGUGGAUUAACAAAUUAGGCGUGACCCUUCAGAGUUCCAAGAACUGCGCCAGCUGAAGCUGACAUUGACAAAAAUUACAUCAUUUGAGGUUUGUAUGUCAUCUGUGCUACAGACCAUUUACGCCCACGGCAUAUUUGUUGAAUUUACCGCCCGUGUCGUGGAUUUCUUGUUUGUUUGUCUUAUUCGAUAGCAAUGAUUUUAAAUUAAUUUGCCACUUGAGGGAUUGGCUUUCACAUUGAAGAGUAAAUAUUUCUACAAAAAAGUAAUUUUCCUGCCUUGACUGCAAUGUGAUGCCAACUGAGGCAAAGUUAUACCUCUUUACUAGCUUUGACAAGAACACCCCGAUCUGUUUGUAAUUCUCCACUUGAAUAUUUCCUGUCACAUCAAACUUGCAGUGUUACUCAUCUUUAAUCAGUGUACGCUCAUACAUAAACAAUGUUAAAUAAGGCCUGAGCUUUUCAAAACGCAAAGCAGUGUGCAUGACUCAAAUGGAGCCCAGAUGCUUAUUAAUAUGUAAAUAGUCCGCUCACUUAAGCUACUUGUCUUGUUAGCAGGCCGCCUAGUAUGUUUUCCUGUCAGUGAUCCAUGUUUCCAUGGUGCUAGAGCGUAUCAACCUUUGCGCCACACAGCUGAGUUGGUUCAAAUGUACUGUAUGUGGUAGUGAAUGAGAAUGAUGUUGUUGCUUUGAGAGAGGGGUUUUAUACAAGCAUUACUCUGAAGACUGGCUCUAUUAUGCUUCCUUUCUUUGUAAGCCCAAUCCAUAUGCAUUUAUGAUUAGUUCAAGUGCCUGACCAUCAACCUUUAGAGUGUUUUAUUUUUUGUUUUGCUUUGUAUACGUCGAUAUGUUGUUUUGAUUGUUGUGAAAAUGUGUGACAAUACCGUGAUGCUAUCUGUUUUGCUAUCUGUGAAUUGUUGUCUCAGGGGCAGAGGUAGGAAAAGGGAAGAAGACAUCUGCGGUGCUUCAUACUAAUAGACACUGGGAGAUAAAUUCUCUCAGGAUAAAAAACCAAUGCUGUAAUAUAUAGCCAAUAUGGUGCAAAUCUAGUGGUCGACCGAUAUGGGUUUUUCAAUGGCCGAUACGAUGCCUAAAGAGCAGGUUGGCCUAUUAAAUGCUGACAUACACAUACAGAAUGCUUUAUCAAAGUGCAUUCAAGGUAUACAUUUAAGCAGUUUGUAUGUCACCUGGCAAACAAACCCUGUGCUGUGCUCUAGUAGUUGAGUUACAGGAAAUCUGUUCUCAUACAAGGACAAAUGAGAUGGACACAAAACAGCUAAAAUCAAAUUUUACAUGUUCACAUUUUGUACAGUAUUUACUCAGAAUUUGUAACAACAAAAAUGUAAAACAGAAUUUGUUUUAUUAAUUUUACAUUCCACAGAUAAUGCUUUACAAACCGACUACCAAAUCUGUUUAUCUGCUUAUCUGGUUCGAUUAUCUUCAGGGGCGGAGCUAGGGGGUGGCCAGGCUUCGGUCUAUGAAGCUUCUAGCUCCAUUGGCCAUCCUACUCGCAGCUGCCAUUUUGGUAGUUUUUUGUCUUGGGCACAGUUUAGUUUGUCUUUCUUCAUCAACAAACACCAUGUGCCAUCACAGACUGAUCGCUGGACCCUACCUGGCCACCCCUGUGAAAAACUCCAGGCUCCGCCACUGGUUAUCUUUAACCCUAUUUAGAUGGGACUAUUUUCGAAACGACGUUUGAGUUACAAUUAUUAUCAAAUGAUAACUGAUUUCAAGCACUGAUUUGGACGGGACUGAGAACCCCGUGUUUAUUAAGAAGGUGGUCUAGUGUCUGUUUUCUUAAUGUGGCCGUUACAGAAGGUUGAAUAUGUAAAAAGGUGUUCAAAUUAACAUAUCUUUUAAACGUUAUAUGUUUAAAUGUACUUCUCAAUUUAAAAAAAUAAACAAGACUUAUCAGUAAAUUAUAUAAUUAUAACAUUACAUUACUGAUCGGAGAAAUUAAGAUGAGUAUCUUGCCUGAUGCUGGUUUUACAGUGGCCAUAUGGAGCAGUUUCCGCAAUUUGGCUCUCCUUGUUGAUUUGAUUUUCUUAUUUUUUCAUCGGAUGGCAAAACAAAUCUACAUUCAUAUUGAAAGGUGGCUGCAGGCAGAAGAUUUGCGCACAUACUGUAAGUACGAGCUUAAUGGUAGUUCAUGCAGGUCAAAACACAUGAUGAGAUGCGUUGUUUAAAAUUCAAUAUCAGCAAUCACAGACAUUUGCAUUUGGACGGGAUUAGAUUUCUCAGAGGACCCUUGAGUUAGCUGAAAAACAUUAGGUAAUUUGCUCUUCCUUUUUUAUACAGAGGUUGUAUUUUUUUUGCUGUAUUGACUUGUGAAACACAAAUUUCCUUGACCUCCUCUGGGAAAACUUGUCCCGUCCGAAUUUGUUUUGUGAGUGUGUUUACACCCAGCAUAAUACUCUGGUAACUACCAAAAAUCAGCUUAAAAAAAAUCUCUAGAUGUCAAAAUGUAAACAUGGAUGUAUGUGAACAACACUUGUGCACACUGGAUAAGCUGGAAAGAACGGUGGUAAAGGCUUUCACAUGCAACGCUAAAACGUGGUAAAAUGUACAAAUCUAUGCGUGCCGAUUGGUUUUAGGUUAAAGGAAAAAUGUUUAAGGCAUUUAUAUGACCUUACAUGUUGUCAUCUUAUAAAGCAUAAUCGAUGUAAGAUUAUGCAUGUGAACGUGCUCAGUGAUUUGGUUACCAAUGUUACCAAUCUCUAAAUGACCAAAUAUUGGCCGAUAUGUUGGUCUUUCACUAGUCCUAUGCUUAUACUAACUUCAAUCCCAUCCCUCCUGACCUCUGACCUCUCCUGUGUAUAGUGUCUGUGCUACUAAUUUACAUAGUGAACAGUUAUUCUAAAGUAUGAAUGAUAAUAACAAUCUGCUGCUUGGCAGUUGUAUUUGUGAAAAAAAUUGAUA